CGUCACCCCCGUCUGUGUAAAAUGGCGCCGCCCUGUUUUGUAUAUUAGUGGACAAGGACAAGCGAAGCACUUGUUGGUGUUUGUGUGGCUCGCGACUAUGGCGAGGUUUCUGAGGCCUGUCAGGACUUUUGUCAACACACAGCUGAGGAUGGCGUCAGACCAGUUGGGUGAACUGGGUCAAGGUGCAGGAAAAGGUGGUGGUGGUGGCGGGUCCAUCCGAGCGGCAGGUGGAGCCCUGGGGAAGAAGGAGGCUGCGGAAGAAGAGCUGUACUUUAGGCGUAAAGAGAAGGAGCAGCUUGCAGCGUUGAAGAACCAUCACCUGGAGGAAAUCGACCACCACAAAAAAGAAAUUGAAAGGCUGCAGCGUGAGAUUGAUCGCCACAAGGGGAAGAUCCGAAAGCUGAAGCACGAUGACUGAAACCCCCACCUCCAGAGAUGUUUCCUUCCUCUGGCCAGGCACCUUAAAUCAUUUCUGCAUGCAAUAAGUUGACCUGCCAUUUAUGUGUGGCUGGUUGUUCUGUAAAUGCUUGAAGUGAAUUAAAUAUGUUAUUAAAA